UGAAAACUGGUGGUUCGGCAUGAUUCAAGAUUUCUUUCUGAAGUAUUUUGGUGCCACUGUGGCAGUUGUCCUUAUCAUUGAACCAUUCUUCUCUGGCAACCUUAGACCUGAUUCAUCAACCCUUGGAAGGGCUGAAAUGUUAAGCAAUCUUCGAUAUCACACAAGUGUAAUCAUAUCGUUGUUUCAGUCCCUUGGGAUUCUUUCUAUCAGUUCAAGACGUUUAAAUAUCCUGAGGUUGACCUGGAAUACUUGCUAGAACUCUAUCCUCUUGAUAAGGAAGUUAACUGGGGUGAUGAGCUGUCCCUUGGUGAGCAACAAAGACUAGGAAUGGCCAGGUUAUUCUACCAUAAGCCAAAGUUUGCCAUACUUGAUGAGUGCACUAGUGCUGUAACGACUGAUAUGGAAGAACGUUUUUGCAAGAAGGUUCGAGCUAUGGGUACAUCUUGUAUAACAAUAUCUCAUCGCCCAGCUUUAGUUGCAUUUCAUGAUAUUGUUUUGUCCUUGGACGGUGAAGGCGACUGGAAUGUUCAGCACAGAAGGGAGGACUCUUCCUUUUCCACUGAAGAGUCUGAUUUUCAAUCAUUAGAAACUGAUCGCAAAUCUGAUGCACUGACUGUUCAAAGAGCUUUUAUGAGAAGGGCAAAGAACAAUCCUUCGUUGGGGUCCAAGGACCAUUCGUACUCUACAGAGGUCAUAGCAACUUCCCCUAAGGUGGAAAUAGAACAUGCAGUACGGACAUCUCGGGUUCCACAUUUGCGAUGCCACCCAAGACCUUUGCCUCUCAGAGUAGCUGCAAUGCUCAACAUACUAGUUCCUAAACUUCUUGAUAAACAAGGCGGGCAGUUGCUUGCUGUUGCUGUACUUGUUUUCUCUCGUACAUGGAUCUCUGAUCGUAUUGCUUCAUUGAAUGGGACAACUGUGAAGUUUGUCUUAGAGCAGGAUAAAGUUGCCUUCAUUCGCUUGAUUGGUGUCAGUAUUCUACAAAGUGCUGCAAAUUCUUUUGUGGCACCAACUCUUAGGACCCUUACCUCUAAACUUGCCCUUGGAUGGCGAAUUCGCUUGACCAAUCAUUUGCUUCGAUAUUAUUUGAAAAGAAAUGCAUUCUACAAGGUAUUCAACAUGUCAGGUAAAACUAUUGAUGCAGACCAAAGAUUAACACUUGAUGUAGACAAGUUGACCACUGAUCUUGCUGGCCUAGUUACUGGAAUGGUAAAACCAGUGGUUGACAUUAUUUGGUUUACAUGGAGAAUGAAGCUCUUGUCAGGACGAAGAGGAGUUGCUAUACUAUAUGCUUACAUGUUACUGGGUUUGGGCUUCCUGAGAGCAGUAUCCCCUGACUUUGGUCGUCUCUCGGGCCAAGAACAAGAACUUGAAGGAACAUUCAGGUUCAUGCACUCAAGACUGCGGACACAUGCUGAAUCAAUUGCUUUUAUUGGUGGUGGUUCAAGAGAGAAAGCUAUGGUUGAGGCUAAAUUCGUAAAGUUACUUAACCACUCAAAGAUUCUCUUGAGGAAACAGUGGCUUUAUGGUAUUGUUGAUGAUUUUGUUACAAAGCAACUUCCUCACAAUGUGACAUGGGGUCUUAGUCUAUUAUAUGCUUUGGAGUACAAGGGAGACAGAGCUUUGACCUCAACUCAAGGAGAGCUGGCACAUGCUCUACGAUUCUUGGCUUCAGUGGUUUCACAGAGCUUCAUAGCCUUUGGCGACAUUCUUGAGUUACAUAAGAAAUUCCUUGAACUCUCUGGUGGGAUUAACCGUAUCUUUGAGCUUGAGGAGCUUACAUGUGCCGCUCAAAGGAAUACCAUGGUGUCUUCCAAUGCCAUCAGUGCAGCCUCAGAAGAUAUUAUUUCAAUUCAUGAAGUGGACAUCAUAACACCAUCACAGAAGCUAUUGGCUAGUAAACUGUCAUGCAAUGUAGUACAAGGGAAAAGCCUAUUUCUGACUGGUCCCAAUGGUAGUGGAAAGAGUUGUAUAUUUAGAGUGCUUAGAGAUUUGUGGCCCAUCUUCUCUGGGAGAGUUAUCAAGCCCUCUGAAGGGAUGUUCCAUGUCCCUCAGCGUCCAUAUACCAGCCUAGGUACUCUGCGGGAUCAGAUCAUAUACCCUCGCUCACGGGAGGAAGCAGAGAUGAAAGUUCUCUCACUACAUCAAGCUGGCAACAAGGCUAGUGCUUCCAUCCUGCUUGAUGAUCACCUGAAGACAAUUCUAGAGAAUGUGCGGCUGGUGUAUCUUCUAGAAAGAGAAGGGUGGGAUUCUACACCAAACUGGGAAGAUGUUCUGUCACUAGGGGGACAACAGAAGCUUGGGGUGGCCCGUUUGUUUUUCCAGCAUCCUAAGUAUGGCAUCCUCGACGAGUGCACCAAUGCUACUAGUGUUGAUGUUGAAGAACAUCUGUACAGGCUUGCAACUAACAUGGGCAUAACUGUGAUCACUUCCUCACAAAGGCCUGCUCUGAUACCCUUCCAUGUCUUGGAGCUGAAGCUCAUUGAUGGUGAAGGGAACUGGGAGCUAUGUUCGAUCCGCCAGUGCGUGAUGCCAUACCUGAGCGACUGAGCUGAUGCUACCAUGUGCGCCAGUCACCUGCAUGUACAAAAGCAAGUAGAUAUCGCAUUGCCAUUUGCCUAUGGAUGGAUAACAGACAGUGGCAGUGUUGGUGUCCUGAAAGACAACCAUAUUCUUGUCAAAAUAUGUUUGGCGUAGAACAACAAAUUACUCAUAGUUUAGCUUACAUCAAGGAGAAGGGUGGUGCAUGAUUGUGAUCCACGAAUGAUGUGUGGCGAGGUUUAACUUGUAGAGGUGUUUCCGAGUUGCAGUAGUUGGACAGCAGAAGAGACAUGUAAAUUAGCAGAUACCUAUUGAUUCAUUAGAUUGCAUUGUAUUAGAUUCUGUGUAGUGUAGUAGACAAAUAUGCUAUCACAGGCAAAUCAAUAAAUAACGUGGAUGCUGCACGGCUAGCGUUGUUUAGAUUAGAGGCUGUACUGUAUGUGCAAAAAAGCAUCUGGCUGCAUGCAUGUAAAUGGCAAUAAUUUGCUGAAGUCUUGCUCCUUUUUGUCCAUGCUUUUUUUAAGAAAUGGAAAUUUCCAAUC